UCAAAACAAGAGAACAAAACACUCAAUGUAAAUGUACUAAAAAUUAAUAAUUAGAGAACCAUGUCAAAUAAUAAAAAAAUUGCUGUCAUGAAUGAAAUUUCAAAAGUGUGCCGUGCAUGCCUAACAGUAUGUGAGAACACCACUUACGAACUUUUUGAAAAUGUGUCGGCCGAUUUGUUUUACUAUUGCACUUCGAUUAAGCUAUACAAAGAUGAGAAAUUGCCAAAAGUGAUUUGCGAAAUUUGCCACAAAUUACUUGUACAAUAUUCUGAAUUCAAAAAUACUUGUAUCACAUCCCAAAAUGCACUGCUUGGUUUGAAAAAAUCAGUAAAAAAUGAAAGUACUGAAGCAGAUACAAGUUGGGAUGAUGACAAUGACUAUGGAAAUCUCUACAUUGAUAAAAAUGAAAAUGAUGAGAAGAGACCCAAUGAUUAUCAAAAUUUUGUAGUGAAAGUUGAAAACUUGCAUCCUGAAUAUGGUGGGUUGCCGUUGCAAGAUUUUAAUGCUGAAACUAUUGUAGAAGAUAUUAAGCCAAAGGAAAGAAAAUUAAAGAUACAGUUAAAACUACAAGGGAAUAAAAGAAAAAAGAAAAAUAUUGUGAAACAGAAGAAUCAUUUCAUAUUUACAUGUGAUAUUUGCAAUAAAAAAUUCAAUUAUUUAGAUAGAUUUCAAGCCCACAAAUUAGAGCAUGAAGGCAAAGUUACAUCUAUAUUUUGUCAACCGUGCAACAAAACAUUUGUGACGUGGAGCGGUCUACGUCGACACAAGGAGAACGAACACACACAAGUUAAGCUGGAAAGCUUGAAAUGUAAGGUCUGUGGCAAGUUGAGUAAGAACAAACACACACUUAAGGUCCACGAGCGGAUACACGGGGAGAGACCUUUACUGAUGUGCGACGUUUGCGGAAAGGGAUUCACUACCGCAGUCAUUUUGAAAACACAUUUAGAGACCCACAACGAGCACAGAGAGAGAAGGUUCACGUGCGAACAGUGCGGCCGGAAGUUCCUGACGCAGACCGUGCUCCACACGCACGUGGCCCGCCGCCACUCCGACCGCCGCUACAUCUGCCACGUUUGCGACCAACCCUUCAUCGACAAAUACAACUUGGCCCAACAUUUGAUCAGGCACAACAGCGCCGACCGCAAGUAUUACAAGUGUGACGUUUGCGACAAACUAAUAUCGUCCCAAUCGAACCUGACUUUGCACAUGCGGAUACAUUCGGGCGAGCGACCGUAUAAUUGCACGUACUGCCCUAAGACGUUUAUAUCGAGGAAGAACUUGCGGGAACAUAUAAGGACACACACGGGCGAGAGGCCCUACAGAUGCGCGGUCUGCGAUCAGGAAUUUUCGCAGAGUAGCUCCAUGAAACGUCAUUCGAAGAUACACGAACGACAAAUAACAACAAAUUAAAUAUUCUAUCGACGAGAAGAGAAGGGUUUUCAUACCGGCCUCUCGUUUUUACCAUCGCACCGCCCGCCACCGGAGUAGAGUUCAUCCAUACUACCUGGAGCCACUGCGGUCAUCCACAGUGCGCUUCCAGAGGUUUU